AUGUCUUCCAUCAAAGGAGGUGGCCAGGUCACAGCUAAUGGCGAAUAUACUGGCAAUGUACCGGCCAAAUACCGCGGCACCACAGCGGACAAGCUGGACAUGAGUGCGCUGGGCAGAGAGCAGGUUUUGAGGCGCAACUUUCGAUUUAUUUCCAUUGUCGGUUUUGGAUGUACUUUGAUCGCAACAUGGGAGGUUGUCUUGACACUGCUCGCCCAAGGAUUAACCGACGGAGGCACCGCCGGCCUCAUCUGGGGCUUUCUGAUUGUCGCAUGUGGAUUCCUGCUCGUCUUUCUGAGUCUGGCUGAAAUGGCCUCGAUGGCGCCCACUUCUGGAGGCCAAUACCACUGGGUGUCUGAAUUCGCGCCGCCCAGCUGCCAGAAGUUCCUGAGCUAUAUCACCGGCUGGUUGUGUGCGAUGGGAUGGCAAUGCGCAAUUGUGUCGAUUGCGUAUCUCGCUGGGACGAUUAUCCAGGGAUUGAUUGUGCUGAAUGAUACGACGUAUACGUUUGAAGCGUGGCAUGGGACGCUGCUUGUCAUUGCGAUUACGUCUUUUGCCAUUCUGUUCAACACUUUUCUAGCGAAGCGAUUGCCGUUCGUCGAGGUGCUCAUUCUCAUCCUGCACGUGUGUGGUUUAUUCGCCAUCAUCAUCCCCCUCUGGGUGUUGGCUCCCCGUCGCACAGCCAAGCAGGUGUUUACGGAAUUCAACAACGACGGUGGCUGGAAUAGCGCUGGCACGGCGACGUUGGUGGGCUUUUCCACGACCAUCACCUCGUUGAUCGGAUACGACUGCGCCGUGCACAUGUCGGAGGAGAUCAAGGACGCCUCUGCGACGCUGCCCAAGGCGAUGAUCACGUCGGUGAUUGUCAAUGCCUGCUCUGGGUUUCUUAUGCUGGUGACCAUCUGCUUUACGCUGGGCGAUAUCACGUCUGUUCUCAGCUCGCCUACGGGAUAUCCGUUCAUCCAGGUGUUUUACAACACCACGCAGAGUCUGCCGGGGACGAACACGAUGACGGCCAUUCUGGUGCUUACUUUGACGGCCAGCACGAUCACCGAAGUGGCGACGGCAUCGCGUCAGCUGUGGUCGUUUGCUCGUGAUCGCGGACUGCCAUUCUCUAAUUUCUUUGGCUAUGUCACCCCCGGAUGGAACAUCCCCCUCAACGCCGUCAUGGUGUCCCUGGCCGUGACAGCCCUCCUCUCCCUCAUCAACAUCGGCUCCAGCACCGCCCUGCUCGCCAUCGUCACCCUCACCAUCGGCUCGCUCAUGUCCUCCUACGUGAUCACCAUCUCCUGUCUCCUCCUCAAGCGCAUCCGCGGCGAACCCCUCCCCCCUCACCGGUGGAGUCUCGGGCGCUUCGGAAUGGCGAUCAACAUUGGCGCCUUGAUGUUUCUGCUGCCGGUGUUUGUGUUUUGUUUUUUCUCGCUGACCUCGACGGUGGAUAAGACAAGUAUGAAUUGGUGUGUUGUCAUGUAUGGGGGAGUAAUGAUUAUUGCGAUUGUGUAUUAUGUGGUUAGGGGGAGGUUUUAUUACGUUCCUCCUGUUGCGUUGGUGAAUCGGGAGUGA